GCGAAGGGAACCUACUCGAAAAGCAGAAGGAGGCAGAAUGAUUCGAAGCAUAAAAGAGCCGGAAAGACCCGAGGAAACUGUCCGCCAACUGGAACACCGUGGAAGUCUGCGAGCUGCAGCCUCUCCGGACCGGAUGUGCUACAACCAAUGACGUCAGAGGCUGCAGUGGGAGAUGUUUCUGUGGACGUGUUGAUGUCCAACUCUGAGCUGGAGGACACGAUGAGACGCCUGACCCCUGGCUCUGAUGAUCGGUCUCGGCUGCCUGCUGCCCUCUCCUGUCUGAAGAGUGCUACUGAACCCGAUGGUGACUUCAAACAAAGUGGAGAUUCCUGCAGCUCUGUUCCUCAACAGACUGGAGAUCCUUCCUCCCACAUUGACCCUGCUUCCUGCUCUGCAGCUGUCUCUGGCAGUCCUUCCAGCGCCUUUUACCCCACCAACAACCAUGGCCGCUCCAUCUCUAUAUCAGUGGUGCCAUGUUCAGAUGAGCAGAGACAUGACAUAUCUACUGACGAGAUGUCGGAUGCAUUUGCACCAGACCCAACCUCACCUCCAGCCACACGGCCCUUAAAUAUGUGCACUGCCAAGUCCUCCAGUACAUCACUGUCACCUUCUCGUGAACUGCUGCAGCUACUGCCCAACAUCAUGACGAUACGAAGCAAGAGCCACGAGUCACAAGUGGCCAACCGCAUUGAGGAUCCCACGGCACAUAAGGCCCAUAAGAGGAAAAAGGUGUUGGCCAGUGUUCAGGUUAAUGGCUGUGGAAACAGCCCAGACAUCUCAAACAUGCGAUCACCGCUGCCGUCUGCACGGACACCCGGCUCCUCCCCGGCCACUCCUACCCUCAUGGACAAUCUGGCCGUGCAGAGGAGUUCACCACAGACACUGAGGAGGGAUAUUGGCUUAGCUGUAACACACAGGUUUUCAACCAAGUCGUGGCUCUCCCAGACUUGUCAAGUGUGUUGCAAGAGCAUGAUGUUUGGUGUCAAGUGCAAACACUGCAAGUUAAAGUGCCACAAUAAAUGUACCAGAGAUGCCCCCUCAUGUCGGAUAUCAUUUCUCACAAUGCCGAGGAUGCGCAGGGCAGAAUCAGUGCCAUCAGACAUCAAUAAUCAGAUUGACCACACAGUAGAGCUCCCCCACCAGUUUUGCACUUUACCAAAGGCUGUCACGAAAAGGGAAGCACCUUCCACCUUAAACCGGUUGGACUCCAGCAGUAAUCCUUCUUCAGCCACCUCCUCCUCACCCUCCUCCCCGGUCCAUUACCAACACAACAGCACCUCCAGCGUCAGUGCCACUCCGCCACUUAACCCGUCACCCCGGGGCCCCCAGGACAACUGCUUUGACUUCCCAGAUGUUCCUACCUCGACGUGUACUGCUGCUCAACAUUCUGGUAGCUGCUGUCAGUCUGGAGAGUCGUGGUUGACCGUGGCUGAUGGUGAGCUCCCAACGACACAAAGCAAGGAAAAAGUGGCUGAACAACACUACCUGGCUGAGGAUGAGGAAACAGCUGGCCGGUGUGAAGAAAAGAACCUCCCCAUUGAGGAAUUUGAUGACGAUCGAUUGGAGGAACUGCCUACAUCCAUAUGUCGUCGGGGCGCUAUAGGCCGUUGGAGGAGCCCUACUGCACGUAAGGCGAGCCAAACCAGCAUCUACCUACAGGAGUGGGACAUCCCAUAUGAGCAACUGCAGCUUGACGAGCUUAUUGGCAAGGGUCGCUGGGGGAAGGUGCACAAGGGUCGUUGGCACGGGGAGGUGGCCAUUCGCCUGCUGGAGAUUGAUGGCACAAACCAGGAUCACCUGAAGGUCUUCAAGAAAGAGGUUAUGAACUACAGGCAGACCAGGCAUGAAAAUGUUGUCCUUUUCAUGGGUGCAUGCAUGGCUCCGCCCCACCUCGCCAUCAUCACCAGUUUCUGUAAAGGUCUGACUUUAUAUUCCUUUGUAAGAGAGAGGGGGAACAUGUUAGACAUCAAUAAAACCAGGCAGAUUGCACAGGAGAUUGUGAAGGGGAUGGGUUAUCUGCACGCCAAAGGAAUUGUUCACAAAGACCUGAAGUCCAAGAAUGUGUUCUAUGAUGCCAACAGAGUGGUCAUCACAGACUUUGGUUUGUUUGGGAUGUCUGGAGUGGUACAAGAAGGAAGAAGAAAAAAUGUUGUGCAGAUACCUCACGGCUGGAUCUACUACCUGGCUCCAGAGAUCGUUCAAAAAAUGAGCCCAGCGGUCGAUGAGGAUCGGCUGCCUUUCUCCAAAGGCACUGAUGUUUAUGCAUUUGGUACAAUCUGGUACGAGCUGCAGGUUGGAGACUGGCCGCUCACUCACCAGCCAGCGGAGGCUAAAAUAUGGCUUUUUGGCAGCAGUACAGGCAACAAAAAGGUGCUGGAAAAGAGUAACUUGGGCAAAGAGGUCACGGAGAUCCUGUCCACCUGCUGGUCAUGUGAGGCAGCUGACCGCCCUUCCUUCAGCCAGCUGGCUGGCAUGUUGGAGCGGCUGCCAAAGCUGAACCGCAGGCUCUCCCACCCCGGACACUUCUGGAAGUCACCUGAGUAUGUAUCAUAGAGGUGUAGGCUGAGCCCGAUGAACCAGCCUACAUCUUUCACAGCAAAAACGGAGUCGACAUCAUGUCCUUAGUCCACAGACAUGUUUAAAGUGUGUGUCACAACCUGCCUUUGAUGUCAUGAACUCCAUAUGUAGCUGAAAGCGGCAAAACAUUGUUGGGGUGGGGCUGGGGUGAGGGUGAGGGUGAGGGUGCCCUUCAUAAGAUAAUUGUAAAAUAUUGUGAAUUAUUGUUCUGCUGAGAGUCAACUAAUUUCACUUUAGUUGUUCUGCCCAUCACCUGAUCUUGGAUAAGCGGUUGAAGAUGAGUGUCUCUCUCUCUCUCCAGUUUUCAGUACAUCUGUGGUGCUGAAUGAUCCACUCCUUCCUGUUAUUCCUCCACAGUCUUCCUCAUCUGCUGCUGUCUUUAUCCUGUCAGCCUUCUUUAUUUAUGUGCACAUGUCUUUUGUACUCCUGAUAACAACCAUGGGAUCAUCAUUGCUGUUUUACAGAUUGGUGCCCGAACAAGCUCCUCUCUCACUGCUGCUACAUGCACAAAUAAUUGCAGCUAAGUCCACCAGUAUCUGGACACUGUGAAAGAAUGUUGUUUAAAAUAUCACAGUACUCAAUGACAAUCAAUCCACUCAGUGCAUCAAUGGGAGGCAAAGGGCACAGAGUCAAAAAAAAUACAGCGUUAUCAGGAGUCAAGAAAAAAAAAAAAAAGCCAAAGAAUGGUGAAAAUAUGAAACAGUAAUUUAA